CUGUGCACAGGCGACAUGGUCACGGACAUACCAAAGGAGAUGCCCCCUCUGACAUACCAGCUGUACCUCGACGACACAAACAUGAAUGUUAUAAACGAUCAGAGCCUGGAAAACCUGGAACUCAUGCAGCGCUUCGGUCUGACUCAAAGCCAACUACACACCAUCCGACCGCUGGCUUUCCACGUCGCUCCAAAGCUCAGGUUCAUCAAGCUGUCGUCCAACAAUCUCACCACGCUUCCCCCUCUAGUGUUCAGUCCGCUGACCAUUCUAGAGCAGCUGUUUUUAGAUGGAAACCAGCUGGAGACCAUUUCUCCAGAAAUAUUUAACAGACUUGUUCAGUUGCAGGUUCUGGACCUGGGCCGCAACAAGCUGAUGAAUCUUGCUCCGGAUGUUUUCAAUGGGCUGACCGAACUCACCUAUCUGAACCUUGCCAGGAACCGCUUAAAGAGGCUUUCUCCCACCAUCUUUCACUCCUUGAGCAACCUUCUCUAUCUCUACAUGUACAACAAUAAACUCGAGGCGCUGGAGUCUGAGCUGUUUGAUGCACUCAUCAACCUCCAGGUGCUACUGAUCGACCACAACCAGAUCGCCAGGCUCCCGCGGCUUCUGUUCCAUCCACUGACGAACCUGACGAAUCUCACUUUGUCCUCCAACCAACUUCAGGGUGUCCCCCAAGAAACCUUUUAUAACAUGCCCAAGCUGAUUAAGCUGACCCUCUACAACAACCCCUUGCUUUCUCUACCACACCAGCUGAUGGGUCACAUGCCUGAGAUGAAAGAAUUGUAUCUGUACUACACCAAUCUCACUACUGUUCCUGGGAAUUUAUUCAGCAACAUGUCCGGGCUGUUGAUGCUUCACUUCCAUUUAAAUGCCCAUCUCAGAGAGUUGCCCGCAGACCUUUUCUGCUGUCUCCCCCACCUCGAGAAGCUCUCGCUGAAAUUCAACAACCUCCACUAUCUACAUCCUCAGCUGUUCUCCAAACUCACCUCACUGAACAUGUUGGUUCUGAGCGACAACAGUCUGCAGAACCUAAACGAAAACAUUUUUCAGGGCCUCAAAAAGCUUCAGACCAUUGAUUUGAAGAAUAACUACCUCAAGACUCUGCCGGGAGAUAUUUUCUUGUCAAAUGCAGCGUUGGGCACUUUGAAUAUGAGUGGCAACCCCUGGGACUGCAUGUGCAGCAUCAGAGGUAUUGCAAGAUGGAUAAGAAGCAAUGCGCGUGUGGUCAUUGACAAAGACAAGGUGACAUGUCGCAGUCCAUGGAACAAAUUGUUCCACACAGUAGAAUCUUUGCGUGAUCAGGACUUCAGAUUUUGCGAUACUACCACUGAUUUUUUUAGAAAGAAAAACUUGUCUGCCUCGGCACAACCAUUCCACGCCAUCUCAACCAGUGGAACAGCCUCAACAACCACACCACCAGCAACACCAUCAAGCACCAGUGAAGUCAUCAUACCAUCAUCCACCAAACCUGCAAAUUCAACCACCUCCGAUGCUGCGACAUCCUCCCUCCACACUGUAACCACCGCUCUACCAAAAGAAGAGCUCCCUCUCAGUACCGAGACUCACAUGAGCUAUCAGCCGCCACAGGUUUUCUAUGACCGGCUGGUGAUCGAGCAGGGGCCGGAGUAUGUUCACCACAACCACCACAGGGGCUGGGUGUUGGUGUGGUUUCUGCCCUCAGACACAGCCUGGGCUGGGUUCCUGAUGUUUUGUCACAUCCUUCUCGCGACCACAGGCCUGUUCCUCAUUCUUGCUGCCAUGUAUGCUUUGUAUCGCCUCGACAAGACCAUGGAUAAGCUGAAGGCUGAGUGUGCCCGUAAAUAAGGGUAACACACCAUGUUAUCAGCCUUCAAAACAAGUGACUCCAAGAGAAACAUGGACCUGCCACUGACCCUUCAUGUGUUCCUUCUUCUCUGUUCUCUAAAUGCUGUUGUUUGGGCUUGUCCAGUUGGAUGCAAAUGUCAAGCAAACAAAAUACUCUGCAGUGGUCUCUCAGACUUCCCCACACCUCUGCCCUCAUCUACCACUACCCUCUACGUCUCCAACUCCAGUAUCUACUCUCUGAAACCAGAGGACCUGACUGUUUUCUCUAACGCCCUCAGCAUCUUUGUGAUUAAAGACACUGCUCUGAAAGAGGUGCACCCCGGCACACUUGAUGCCACUCUGAAUAUAGGUGCCUUAGGGUUUACUGGCACGGAACUGCAAGAUCUCCCAGAGGCCUUAUUCCAAAAUCUUCAGAGUCUCGAGUCUCUGACUCUAAAGAGCAACAAACUCCUGGUACUCCGCCCUCAUUGGUUUUCCUCUCUGAAGUAUCUGAAAAUUCUUGACCUAAGCAAGAAUCUUUUCACUUCUGUACCUUUUGAAACUUUUAACACUCUUACCCAGCUAAGUUAUCUUUUACUUUCCGGAAACAAUAUCAGUCAACUGCCUGUGGAGACAUUCAUGGGUCUUUCUAAGCUUAAAACCCUGCGGCUUAGUAAAAACUCCCUACAGGAACUUCCUGUUGGCAGUCUGGAUGACCUUGGCAAUCUAGAGGAACUAUCCCUAAAUGACAAUCUAAUCACUCACCUCCACCGUGACCUGUUCUCUAACACUCGGAAGCUCCAAAAGCUGUUCCUCUCUAACAACAGGCUUACAUCUCUUCCACUGGGGAUCUUUUUAAACCUUCCCCUCCUUUCCCAGAUGUCACUGUAUGAAAACCAGCUGGAGAGUCUGGGUCCAGGGGUGUUUGGGCCAAUGCCCUUGCAGGAGCUGUGGCUAUAUGACAACAAGCUCAGCCGUGUGGAGGAUGACACCUUCAGGAAUCUUACUCAGUUGCAUCUGCUGGUGCUUAGUCGCAACCAGAUCAACUACGUUUCUACCGGGACCUUCAGAGGGUUGGAGAAGGUGGGAGAGAUAUCACUUCACACCAAUCUGCUCACAACGUUGCAAGCUGGGACUUUCCAAGGUCUUCCCAGCCUGGUCAACAUUUCCCUGGAGCAUAACUUCAUCAGCUCACUCCCUGUGGGUUUUCUGCAGGGCGUGAGCCAUCUUGGAGAGAUAGACCUGCGAAACAAUUCCUUCAACAACAUGCCACAGGAAAGUCUGGAUGCACUCACUGUGAUAAAUGAAGUUCUCCUACAGCAGAAUCCCUGGAGGUGUGAUAAAGAUAUUCUGCCUCUUAGGGAUUGGCUGAGACAGCACCCAACCAAGGCCAACCAAACCCUUGUGGUGUGUGAAGUGCCUUUCAAUCUGAACGGGGAGGUGAUCGCUGUGCUGACAAACGAGAACCUGAUGCCUCUCAGCUCUACUGAGGAUCCUGUGUUGACUUCAACGGAGAAGAGGAGGAAACCAAAUACCCCUCCAACUAGAAGAAGCACUGUCCCACCUGCUGUCAAGACCACACCCACCUCGGAGCCUGAGGAAGUCACCAGCAGCGGACAAGGGGAACAGGGAACGGUUUCUAAUGAUACUGCGAUAACCCUUAUCAUCAUCGCAGUAGUGUCCACUGUCAUCAUUAGCACUGUGAUCAUCAGCUGCGUGUGCUGGAGGAAGAACAAGAGAGGCAGAGGAAAUAUAGGCCGCAGAAGUAAGAACUCUGUGCUGUAGACCACCCAGCAUCAAUAACACAAGAACUUUUAAAGCCAAGGGAAACUGCUCUCUGAUUACUGAGGUCUGCCUACAAAAUCUGGAGCAUAGCGUUGAUUUUAGAGCCUCCAAGUCAUAGAAAGAACCACAACAGCUCCUUCUUCUUCAGCUAGAACAAACAAGGAAAUGGAUUUUCUUUUGAAUUAGUUAGCAUACCGCUUUGUACCAGUACUGUGUGCUCUAAGAAGUGAUCUGUCAUCUUACACACUAUCUUUAAAAACAAUUUUUAUGGGAAAGUGUGAACGUUUUGUGAAUGUAAACUGAAAUGCACUGAAACAGUGUACUUCUUUAAAAAAAACUGAGACUGAACUGAGUACUCUGUUCAAUGGUCUUUCAUUAUUCCAUUAAUUAUUGCAGUUUGAAUUUUUGUGCUAACAAUACAUUUCAGCAACAGAUGUAAUCGUUGAAUGACUAUCCAUGCUAAAUCAAAGAUGUAAUUGUUAAUUCAUUGUAAGACAAUUCAAAGCAACAUGUUACUUUACAAUGAAUAAAUGCACUGCUUUUAGAGGAA